AUGACUCGUAAAAAGUCUGGAUUCGAUUUCGAUAAGAAAGAACCGCAAAAAAACAAAUCGCAAAAUGGGACAAACGUUGUUAAAAAUUCAACAAACACAAAUUCUAAAAUUCGUCCGAUGAAAAUCACGGCCGUCGGUGAUGGAAUGGUCGGUAAAACAUGCAUGUUGAUCUCGUACACGACAAAAACAUUUCCCACGGAAUACGUGCCAACAGUAUUUGAUAACUACGCUGAUAACAUCACCGUAGACGAUCAAACUUUUAACAUGAUUAUAUGGGAUACCGCAGGCCAAGAAGAUUACGAAAGACUGAGACCUUUAUCGUAUCCAAACACCGAUUGUUUUCUACUUUGUUUUUCGGUUGUUAGUAGAUCCUCGUAUCAGAACAUUUAUAGCAAAUGGACUCCAGAAAUCAGGCAUUUGUGCCCUCACGUUCCCAUCGUUUUAGUCGGAACGAAAACGGAUAUAAGAAAUGAAAAAGACUCAGAGCACAUAUCUCAUUCGGAGGGUAAAAAAAUGAAAAAUAAAAUCAAAGCGUUUGCUUACAUGGAAUGUUCGGCUAAACUCAUGGAAGGUUUGGAUGAUAUUUUUCUGACGGCCAUUCGUGCGGUUAUUAAAAAACCGCAAACAAAAUCGCAAAGAAACUGCGUCAUACUAUAA